UCAAUGUUCCUCACUUCCAGUAAAAUCUUAUUAGCUUAUUCUCAAACAUUCUUCUAUACAAACUACAGAGAGCGGGAGAGAGAGAGAGCGAUGGACAGUAGGGGAGGGUGUUGCAUAGCAAGGUACGCCGGUGGAGGUGGAACGUACCAUUACGAUCUGUCUAAAGCAGAUCGCAUCAUGCUUCGGUUUCGUCCCAUAGCUCCCAAACCAACUAGCGACGGCAGCGGAGGAAAGCCCGUAUCCAGCGGAGAGAGCGGUGGCGGAAGCCCCUAUGUCUUUAAAGGAGGAAGAAGAAAGAGGAAAUGUCAGCAGAAAGAGAAUAGUGGUAACGCCAGGAGGUGCACUCCGCGGAGAAAAUCAGAUAAAUCUGUCGGUCACGGCGGACAUACUAUGGUGACACUUUCUCUGUUGCCUGAGACGCCGGAUGAAGGUGAUUUUACAGAUCUUAAAGUGUCGGUGCCGUCGGUGGAGAAGCAGCACGGUCCGUUUUGGCUGAGUUUCAGCGACGACGGUGAGAUGUUUACUCCGGCUUACCAGACGGUGGAUGUUAUGCGGAGGAAGGUGGUGAUUUCUUCUUGUAUGACGGUGGAGCGUGUAACGGACGCCUGGAUGGACGGCUAUGGUCUAGGGAGGUCUGACGAAGAAAGGAAGAUGAAUCUUGUGAGAGACACGUGUCCUGGUUUCAUAUCGGACUGUUUAGGUAGAGUGACGUGGACAAACGACGCUUACAGAAAGAUGGCGAGGGAUAAUAUUCCGGAGGAAAAAGGUUCACCGGAGAAUAUGAGCGGCGAUAGUUUUCACGUUAUCGUACGGUUGGUGAUGAGGGAUAGGCCGAUGAUAACGUACCCGGCUUUCACAUGCAGGGUGAAACUACAGUUCACGUGUCAAGAUCGUGAGAGAAGCUCCGUCACGGUGCCUUGCGACGCUUGGAGGAUGGACAAUGGAGGUUUCGCUUGGAGGCUUGACGUUAAGGCCGCUUUGUGCCUUUGACCGGUAGUGAAAAUGUACACCGUAAGAUCAGUAUAGUAACGAUCAGCGACAAACGGUCCCAAUCGUUGCAUUGUAUGAUCUCCUCGAAAAAUAUAUGCAUUUGCAAAACUUAGUUUCUAGCUAGUUAUUUCAAGAUAAUAGUUAUGUCGUUUAUGUUCCAUCUUCUUUUAUUUUCUUUUCCUCGAGUAGAUUUUGUUUAGGGUUAUUGUAAAAAAGGGUCUUUUUCUUCUUAUUAAUGGAUUUCUGGUUCUAAA